AUGCCUUUCGCGGGCUUUUUCUGCCUUGGAGACCCUCCUAAAUCCGGAAUACUGCUCAAUGUACCCCCUAUCUCAGAUGAUCCUUGCGUUAACAUUGAGAACCUGUGCUUCAACGGAGCAACAUGCGUUUCCGCUGUUACCGGCUAUUCCGCUACCUUCUCUUGUAACUGUGCAGCCGACAGGACUGGUCCACGCUGUAAUGAAGAUAAAUGUACUGAUACAACUUGCUCAAAUGGAGGUACAUGUGAGAGUGACGAAUCUACUGGAGUUUUCAAGCAAUGUCUUUGCCCUCCCUUAUACGAUGGAGUUUACUGUCAGUUUGCCUAUCCAUGCGCAUCGAACCCAUGCCAAGGGAAUGGAACAUGUACAGAUCAUCUACACAUCACCCCAUACAAUUUUUCGUGUAUCUGUCAGUCUCCGUUCAUCGGGCAAACAUGUCAAUAUGAGGACCCGUGUUACACGAACCCUUGUCUAAAUGGAGGCACUUGUUCAUAUACAGGCGGAGUGUCAUUCCAACCUGUACAAGAGUGUGUGUGUUCCUCUGGAUUCUAUGGCGAAUUGUGUGAGAAUGCUUACCCAUGUACGUCGAACCCUUGUCGUGAGAAUGGUAUUUGUACAAACAAGAUUCAAAUACUCCCCUAUGAUUAUGAGUGUAACUGUACGCAUCCAUACAUCGGCCGAUCUUGUCAGUAUGAGAAUCCAUGUUAUGAGAAUCCCUGCCAAAACGGAGCAACUUGCACAUACUCCACUGAUGGCGUGACAUCUCCCCCUUUGCCAGAGUGUUUAUGUCCUCCAACACAUUACGGAGAAUUGUGUGAGAAAGCCUAUCCAUGCACAUCGAACCCGUGUCAAGGAAGGGGUUCCUGCUCGAACAACCAAGGGGAAGCCUCCGCAAAUAACUUCACAUGUGAUUGUUCCUCUCCUUACAUCGGGCUGACAUGUCAGUAUGUUAACCCUUGUUCAACAAACCCAUGUGAGAACAACGGAUCGUGCUCGUACGUAGAGGGCAUAUCAACUUCUCCUGUACGAACUUGUACCUGUUUAUCGGUAUACUACGGAAACCUUUGUGAAAAUGCAUACCCAUGUGCGUCGAACCCAUGUCAUGGGAAAGGCAAUUGUACCAACAAUCUUCAGAGUACUCCAUACAACUUUAUUUGCAAUUGUAAUUCUCCCCACAUCGGGCUGACUUGUCAGUAUGAUGACCCUUGUCAUAAUGCGACCUGUCUGAACGGGGGUACUUGUGAAUAUACAGGCGGCUCAACAAUUCCACCAGUCAAGUCUUGCUUGUGUCAAGAUGGAUUUAUUGGAGAUGUCUGUGAAAGUGCACCUACUACCAUGACGUCACCGGAUCAAAAUACAAUCCAAAGUGGAGGCACCACAACAACGCCGCCAGUCUUGACAAAAGAAGCUCCAGCAACUCCAACAGACUCACAUCCUACGACUCAAAACACCGGAAACACAGCCACACUGGAAAGGACAGAAGUCACAGGGUUGGAGACACUAGAACCUUCACUCUCUUACUCUCCGUCUUCUGCAGAACCCACCGACCAUCCAAGAGACCGGGCAACGCCGACUCCUACGGGAUCUUUUGAUUUAUUGACAACCGUCAUCAUCAUCAAUGCCAUAUUGGUCGUUAUCAUCAUCAUCGGAACGUCAGUAGCAAUAGGACGUUACUGCUUGAAGAAACGGCAUAAACGUGAUAAUCAAGGAAAAGAUGAACCUUUGUCCGGUCCUGAAGCUGAAGCUGCAGAGCUAUUCGCUAUUCAGAGGAAGCACGGACAACUGAUGUUCCAACGGGUCGACUCCGGAUACGUAAACACCGUCGUACUUGAGCCGGUAUCCACUAGCUAUAACACGGGACAUCCCACGACGAAAAGUGGCCGGCAACUUCCUCCGUUACCACUGGAGGUGGAACUGAUUGAAAAUGAAGAGAUUUACAAGAAACACCAGAGCGAGGGCGGCUAUGAACACGUUGAUGAUGGAGGCGAUAGCCAGCAGGGACAGGAAAGUGACUAUGAUAGUCUGGAACCCGAGAAUAAGAUUGAUGUUGAUGUUGACUCGGAUGUUGUUCAUGGUGGAUACGAGCCUGUGUACGAGCCAGGACUCCCGAAGGACCAUGCUUACGAGGAAACCAUUGAACAGAGUGCUCGGAAGCAUAGACAUGAAGACAGCAUAAAGUAUGAGAACUGUACCGCUGAAACAAAUCAUGGGCUGACUGACAUUAAACCACAAGCCCCCAAAGGAACUCAGAACAAUGAAUUUCAUAUGGUCCUCACGGUUGAGACAGAAUGCUAAAUAUGCAAGAAAUAUAAACCCCAGUCACGCCAACACGAUUCCUAAAAAUCUAACAUGGCAAUCUCCAGAACAUGCCGGCAUGAUCCGGGGAGGUUUAGAUUUUUUUUUAUUUUGAUAAUAAAAAAAAUCCCGCGGAUUAAGUGUCGACGAGACGAACGUUGAUAAAGAGUAUACGCUGUAGUAUCAACACGGCGCUUACAUACCGGCAUAAUAGUCCAAAUUGACUGUUCUGCUAAAGGCAUGAUCACACCGCCCGAGCGUUGUUGGAGCGGUCGCUCGGCGGUGUGACAAGGCCUUAACUUAAGGCAUUUGAACUGUGAGAUUUAAUUACCGACAGGACUAAACAUCACUUUCAAUAACGAACCUAUCAUCAGUUUGUAUACGAAUGCAUGCGUUUUUAUACUUAAAUUUUAUCUGUCCAUGUAUGGAAGAAUUUAACUUUUGAUAUACAAAUUCUUGAUAUAAAAUUUACUCAGACAUUAAUCAGUACCAAUGAUCACUGUGUUCUUUGACAAAGAGAUUUGGCUUAUCUUUUCUCUUCAUCAAAAUCUUUAAGGAAAAUCUGUUUUGUUCAAUUCCUAUAUUGUAUAUUAUAAAUAAGAAUGAGUGACUAGAUGUAUAGAAAGCGCUUGGGGAGUGGUCGUUAAGUAGCAAAUUCCUUUUUUUUCUAGCCCAUAUAGUUCGCAUACAGUUUUAUCUGAUUAUAAUAAAUUACAUAACCGAGAUUCUUUUA